AUGCAGCAACCAUCUCCUUUGCAUCACCCGGGCCACAGGGCAUUUAAGACCCUGCGGGUUGCUGCAGAGUCCCACUUUCUGUUCUCCACGAUGCGAGUGUACGAACUCCAGCUCUUUGACGGCUGUCCGGUUAAGAUAGCUGGCAAAAUCACGGCGCUGCCCGUGCCUUCUGAGCCGUACCUGCUGCGGCUGAAGGUCUCGAGCACGUCGCCGGUCGUCCAGAACGGAAAGCUCUAUUGCAACUAUCCGGCGCGAGGAAGUGAGUUUGACAGAAACAAUUACAACAAGUACGAGCUCUCCGAGUCCCACGGUAUGAAUGCAGACCACAGCAUCGAUAUUGAGAUCCACCAAAGCGGUACUUUCUCGGCUUACAUUGAGUACGACCACUACGAGGGCCGCUACGGUGAGCAAAAGGUCGUGUCCAAGAAGACCAAGCCUUUUGAUUUCGUUGUAGCGACGAUCUUCACUCUGCAGGACAAGCAAGUCUCCCCCAAUGAGCUCUGCGUCCAGUCCGUCUUGUCAAAACUCAUGGGACCAUUGCCCCAAUGGCCCGACAAGCUGGCCAAGAUCGCGGCCAAGGGCUACAAUAUGAUCCACUUUGUGCCUCUGCAACAGCGUGGUGAGUCUAAUUCUCCCUUCAGCAUCUACGAUCAGCUGGCCUGGGACUCCGAAGUGUUCCCUAAUGGUGAGUCGGAUGUCGAGAAGCUCGUCCACCAAAUGGAGCAAGAUCACGGCAUUUUGGCACUGUCUGAUAUGGUUCUUAACCACACCGCCAACAAUUCUCCCUGGUUGAAGGACCACCCUGAGGCCGGGUACUCUUACAAGACGGCCCCCCACCUUGAAGCUGCCGUCGUCCUCGAUGACGCUCUUUUGGACUUCUCCAAAGCUCUUGGCGAGUCGGGUGCGCUGAUCAACAACGAGGCAGAUCUCGACGGUAUUAUUGCUCAGUUCGAUGACAAGGUGUUUGGCCCAGCCAAGCUAUGGGAGUACUACGUCGUCGAUGUCAACUCGCUUGAAAAGACUGUGGACGACAGCCCCUUCCAGGGCCGCCCCCGUAACAACAUUCCUGGUGACCUCAAGAGCUUGGCUCAGCUUCUUCUAAACGAAGGUGGUGUCCACAAGGGUGAGUUUGGCCCGCGCUUCCAUCGCCGGGUCGAGACCUCGCUCUUGGCCGAGCUCGUCGCUGGCUCAUCCUUCUCUGCCCGUCAGAUUUUAGAUGAGGUUAACCUGCCGUUGUAUGCCGAAUACAACAGCGAUAUUGCCCACAUGAAGCAGCAAAUCAGGGAUCGUCAGGUUUACCUCCGUAUUGCAGGCCACGGUCCCAAGCUUGGCAACGAAGUCAACGCUAAAUUGCCCAUUAUUGAGACGUACUUUACCCGCGUUGAGACUGCCGAAGGAACAGUUGCUCUCGCCAAUAACGGUUGGGUAUGGGGUGGAAACCCCCUUGUAGACUUUGCUGGCCCCGAGUCCAAGGCUUAUCUCCGUCGUGAGGUUAUCAUUUGGGGCGACUGCGUGAAAAUGCGCUACGGCAAGUCGCCUGAAGAUAACCCUUGGCUUUGGGACCACAUGUCCAAGUAUGCCAAAAUGCUCGCAAAACAUUUUGCUGGAAUCCGUCUCGACAACUGUCAUUCUACGCCUAUUCAUGUAGGCGAGUACAUGUUGGACAUGGCCCGUCGUGUGAGACCUCAGCUCUAUGUGGUUGCAGAGUUAUUCAGUGGCUCUGCGGAAAUGGACACUCUUUUCGUUGAACGCUUGGCUAUCAACUCUUUGCUUCGCGAAGCUAUUGGCCCUGGCGAUGCUAAGGAGCUUUCUACCGUGAUCCAAAUCAACGGCGGUCGCCCGAUCGGCUCUUACCUGGAGGGAUCACCUCUCCAAGAUGGUGUCAUUCAGUUGCGCCCCGAGAGCAUCCAUGCCUGGUUGAUGGAGGCCACUCAUGACAACCCCAUGUUUGCCCAAAAACGCACUGUCGAGGAUACUCUUAGUACUGCUGCUUUGGUUGCAUUUUGCAUGGUGGCAUCAGGUUCUACGAUGGGCGUUGAUGAAAUCUAUCCUCGUGAGCUUAACGUUGUCUCUGAGCAUCGGCCGUACGUAUUUGACGGAGGAAUUUCGCAAAUCAAGGGCGUUCUCAAUCAGCUGCAUAAGAAGAUGGGCUCAGAAAAUUAUUACGAGAGUUUCACUCAUCACGAUGGCCAGUAUAUCACCGUGCACCGGUUGAACCCUGAGCUUGGCAAAGGCUACUAUAUGGUGGCCCGUACUGCUUUCCCCGGUGUUAAUUACGACCAGCAACUUCCGCCUGUCAUUCUGGAACAGAGCCAUGUUCAAUUCAAGCACGGUUGGAGUAUUAAGCGUACAAGCGAGAUUGGUGAAGAGAAAGAGGAGAAGAUCAUCCCUGUUGAUGUCGAGAUUACCGAGUUGAAAGGUUGGAACUUUGACCAGGCAGAGAAUGGAAAUACCACUCUUUACCCCCCGUCGUCACUCGACUUCCCCUGUGGAUCUGUUGCUAUUUUCGAAACCACGCGUACGUUCGAUUCUCAGCGUAUCGAGCAGUCUGUUCGCAAGUGUCACCGUGCAGCAGUCGCCGAGCUUGAUUUGUUUGACUUGAGUGUUUUACUUUACCGCUGCGAUAGUGAAGAACGUGCUGCCACGGACGGUAAGUUUGGCGCCUAUUGUAUUCCUGGUGACACCACUCUUGUUUACGCCGGUCUUCAGGGAUGGGCCUCGGUGCUUCAAAAAGCUGUUCGCGAGAAUGAUCUUGGCUGCCCUGCUGCACAAAACCUGCGCGACGGCUUGUGGGCCCUUGAUUCCUUCGACAAUCGCCUGGAAUUCUACAAGAACAACGGCUUCGAGCGUCUCGGAAGAGUACAGGACUGGUUGAGGCCCCGACGUGAGCUCAUUAGUGAGGUCUCCUCAUUCCUUCGUCCGCGAUACUUCUCUGCUAUCAUCUUAGGGUUGUUUGAAGCAGCUGUUGACCGUGCAGCUGAGCUUAUGCCUGAUUCAGUCACGUCGACCAAGUUCAGCCGAUCUCUGGCUUCGACAUCACUGCAGAUGCUGAAUGCUCUUCCCAAUGCUUCUGUGCUUCCUGACAAGACCGUGCCUUCUUUGGCCGCUGGUCUGCCCCAUUUCAGCAACGGGUUUAUGCGCUGCUGGGGUCGUGACGUGUUCCUUUCUGCUGGAGGUUUGCUGUUGCAAACCGGCCGUCUCGACUCUGCCAAGGAGCAUAUCCUCGGGUUUGCCAAAACACUGAAACAUGGUUUGAUUCCAAACUUGUUGGACUCGGGCCGUAACCCGCGCUACAACGCACGUGACGCUGUUUGGUUCUUUGCUCAGUUCAUUCAAGAGUACUGCGAGUAUGUUGGCAAUGUUGACAUUCUCCACGAAAAGGUCAAACGUCGCUUCCCUCUAGAUGAUACAUUUGUCGAGUGGGACUCUGAGGAGGCAUUCACGCAUGAGAGCACUAUUGGUGAAAUUGUCACGGAAAUUCUUUGCAGACAUGCCAAGAGUAUCAAGUUCCGCGAGCAUAAUGCAGGCGUCGCAAUUGAUUCCCAGAUGAAAGACAAUGGCUUCAACCAGCACAUUUACGUUGACUGGAGUAACGGUCUUGUUUUUGGUGGUAACCAGGAUAACUGCGGCACUUGGAUGGACAAGAUGGGCGAGUCCGAGCUUGCAGGAAACAAAGGCGUUCCCGGAACCCCUCGUGAUGGUGCGGCUAUUGAGAUCAUUGGUCUGCUCAAGUCUUGCUUGAGGUGGGUCAACCACGUUCGUCGGGAGGGCAAGUACAACUUCCCUGAGGGCGUCGAAAACCAAGAUGGUGAGCACGUAUCUUUGGAGAAAUGGGAGGACUUGAUCCAGAACUCUUUUGAAAAGUGCUUCUACAUCCCCAAGGCAGACAACGAGGGCGACUAUGACUUUGAUGCCAGUAUUGUGAAUCGCCGUGGCAUUUACAAGGACCUGUAUCGCUCGGGCAAGCCUUACGAGGACUACCAGCUCCGUCCCAAUUUUGCAAUUGCCAUGGUAGCUGCCCCCGAGCUCUUUGAAGUUGAGCAUGCCGUGAGCGCUCUGGCUACUGCCGACGAGGUUUUGCGAGGGCCUGUUGGUAUGGCGACGUUGGAUCCUAGCGACUACAACUAUCGACCUUACUACGAGAACAGCGUUGAAAACACUGAUUUUGCCUCGUCCAAGGGCCGCAACUACCACCAGGGCCCCGAAUGGGUGUGGUGUUUCGGAAUGUUCCUCCACGCCAUUGCAGUUAUUGACAAGAAGCGUGACGUUGCUAAGAGCGAGACGAUUGCCACGAUCCGAUCAAGACUGAAGGGCAACUCCUCUUGGGUCCGUCAUUCGCCAUGGGCGGGUCUUACCGAGCUUACCCAGAAAGACGGAGCGUUCUGCGCCGACUCGUCCCCCACCCAGGCCUGGUCUUCUGCUCGCCUUAUUGAAGUAUUUGCGUUUUUGGCCUAA